UUCCUGUUCUUGGCCUUCUCAAAAUGGCGACGAACAUUUACGAAAAAAACAAAUUCAGGAGUUGAAAAUCUGGCCCCUAUGGUUAAUAUUGCCCCAUCACAACACAAUAACAAAUGUCUGUACAAGGUAGUGUGAAAUGAUGGAGAUCUCGGACGAAGGAACAAAACAUCAGACUCCUAAUGUAGACGAAGGAACAGAACAACAGACUCCUAAUGUAGACGAAGGAAAAAAACAUCAGAUUCCUAAUGUAGAUGAAGGACCAGAACAUCAGAUUCCUAAUGUAGACGAAGGAACAGAACAGAAUGCAGAACAUCAGAUUCCUAAUGUAGAAGAAGGAACAGAACAGAAUGCAGAACAUCAGAUUCCUAAUGUAUCUGAAGGAACAGAACAGAAUGCAGAACAUCAGAUUCCUAAUGUAUCUGAAGGACCAGAACAUCAGAUUCCUAAUGUAGAAGAAGGAACAGAACAGAAUGCAGAACAUCAGAUUCCUAAUGUAUCUGAAGGAACAGAACAGAAUGCAGAACAUCAGAUUCCUAAUGUAUCUGAAGGACCAGAACAACAGAUUCCUAAUGUAGAAAAUAAUACUAUGGAAUGCGAGCAAAUAAUUGAGGUUGAGAAUCCACAAGGCCAAAAAAAUAUCAUCAUCCUCGUAGACAUGCCUACAGACAGUAAUUCAAUGGAGAAGGAUGCUAAGGGUUCCAAAACUGUUGACUAUUACAGUUCUGAACCAGGUGUAUUAGUAAUGGAUGAAUCUAGUCAAGAAUCAAAUCAAUCCAACAAGGGUUCUACAAAGUCUGAAAAAGAGAAGAGUCAGACUAGUAUUACUGACAAUAGUAAUGAUACAAGUCAAACCAUAGAACAAUCUGAAAAUUCAAGAAAAUUCGAAUUGCAUGAAAAAUCAGUUGAUGCUGAUAGUACUUGUAAGUCUGAAAUGAAACCGGAUAUUUCUGGGACAUCUACAUCUCAAAUGGAUGAUAGUGAACCAGGAUUGUGUACUCCCAACACUGAAACCAAUGAGGAAAAAAAAGAUUUGGAAGAAGAAAAAGAUAUGACAGACAAAAAAAGAGAGGAAGAAGAACAAAAACAAGAAAAAGAGGAUAUAUCAGAAAAUCAAACAGAAGAAGACAAAGAUAUGACAGAAGAAGAAGCACAAGAAAUCCUUAUGAAAGCACUUCAGAAAAUAAGUCCAAAAAUUGGGAAAGACUUUGUUCUGAUGUUUAAAGACCCAAGUACAUCUAAAGUAAAAGAGUUUUCGUCAGACAAAGGAAGAAAGUUUUUACAACACAAUACAGAUGUGGUUAAGAAAUUCAGCAAUGUUGUCAGUGGAAAGAAAACUAAAACCUCUGAAGAAAGUACAUCAUCAAAAGAAGAACACAGUAGAUCAGAAGAUGACAACACUGUCAUAGAAUCAGAUGAUGAAUCUGAUAGUGAAGCAGAAGAUAAAACUCCUGUAAAAAAGGGAAAAAACAUUAAAAAAAAGUUCGUGGAAAUAAAACCUGUAAAAAGAGUUCCAAGAACAUCAGUUAUUAUGAAAAAAUUAGCAAAAUUGGAUGAAAAAGAGAGAAUGAAGAAUUUACAAGUUUUCUCUUGUAAAGAAUGUUCAUCAAAAUUUGGAACAAUGGGAAAUUUAAAUAAACAUAUGAAAAAUAAGCAUAAUACAGAUGAUGAAUGCAAAAGCAUUCCAAAAGUCAAUGAUAGUGAUAACUCUUCAUCAGAAAUAAUUGAACAUCAAAAUAAUGAAAAAUUAGAGACUAAUUUAGAAGAAACAAACAAAUCACUAGAUGUAACAAAGAAAGUGAAAGAUGAAAAAAAUGUUGAAUUUAUGAUGAAAGACUGUGGUGAUUUUGAAACAGUGGUAAGCGUCUCUGACUAUAUUGAUCCUCCUGGGGAUAUCAGUGAUGAUGAUUCUGAGAUCACUAAUACCUCAAGAGUAAAAAGAGGGCGAGGAAGGCCUCCAAAACCUAAAAACCCUUUUCUUGAACCUAAAACACCAGAGGAAAAUAAAAGCAAUGAUGUUGUUACCCGUGGUAGAGGUAGACCAAGAAAAAGUACAGGAAUAAGUUCACCAAAAGACAUUGUCACUGAAGUAAAUAAAAAAAGCAAAACUGAGAAAUUACCUAAAAUAACUUACUCUGAUGAAGAUAUGGACUGUUUUAUCCGAACUGUUGAAGAUGAAAAUACAAGAAUGAAUUUAGAAUGUAAACUCUGCCUUCUCAGAUUUUCCAGUCAUCGUAUGGCACGAGAACAUAUUGUUCAGGAACAUAAUCAGAAUCUUAUACAAUGUACCAAAACUCUUGAAAAGUUUCCAGACACGACUAAAACUUCUAGAUGGGACAAUCUUAUUUAUUACAUUGAAGAUGACAUAAAGGAGGAAAUAAUUCCCCCAGAACUGUUCACAUCAGUUGCACGGGGAGGUAGAAAAAGAACGCCUAGUAAAAAGUUACUUGAAUCAACAUCCGCACUUAGAACAAAAAUAUAUGUAUGUAAAAUAUGUCAUCGAAAAGCUAUCCAUAAAACUGGUAUGCUUCAACACAUGAAAAGGUUCCACUUUGAUGAACUGCCAGAAAAAUUAGAAGAUAGCGGAGAAGAAGAAGAUGGAGAAGAGGAGGAGGAGGAGGAACAACAAGAGGAAAGUGAUGAGGAAAUGGAGGUAAAUGACGAAGAUCUAGAUUAUAAACCAACACAUAAAGCAGUUGAAGACAAUGAAGAGGAAAGUAUUAUAAAAACAAAAGGUAGAGGUAGAAAACGGAAGCAGCAAUCAAAUGUUGAACCUUUAGAAUCAGAACACAAAAAGAUAAAGAAUGAAAAAGAUCAGGAGAAGACCAAGGAAGUUCAUGUUAAGAUAGAGGUCGUAGAGGAUGAAAAUAGUCAUGCUCAGACAAUUGAAAAUGUAGCAGAAAAUGAAGAUCUUCCGACAAAUGAAGAGGCAGAUGAAAGUAAAGAUGACAUUGUCAUGGAUGAAGAUGCAACAGACAACUCAAGUAUGACAGUAAAAAAGAAUACUUUAAACAGAAAGCCAAAAUUUAUAAAUAAUCGAUCCAGAGCCAAAACCUUUAAGAAAGUUCCAUCUUACUACAAAUAUUGUGAUCACAGUGAAGAACAUAUCAUUAAAAAAUCCACUCAACAACUUCCGUUCUGCAAAACAUGUGACCGCUUCAAAUGUAUGACAUGUACAUUGACUUUCAACAAAAGUUCUCAUGUCAAUAGACAUGUGAGAAUUAUUCACAACAAGGAAAAAAAAUACAAAUGCCCAACAUGUGAAGCCUGUUUUACUACAAAUGAAUCACUGCAAUAUCACGCUAAGUGGCACACAGGAGUCAAAGAUGUGGAAUGUCCUUAUUGUGAUAUGAAAUUUCUGGUACACAAAAACUUACGAAAGCACAUGAAUAAACACCAUCCAGGACUUAUAUCGAAAAGGAGAAAGAAAACAAAUUACUGUGAAAUAUGUGACUCAAUAUUCACACGUAAAGAUCGACUUGAAUACCACAUGUUAGAAAAACAUCCUGCAAAUAAUCCUGAUAGAGAAUGUCGUAUUUGUGGACAGAAGUUUGAAACAGAUAUGGAUUGUACGGAGCAUUCUAAUGCCCAUGCAGAUAUGAAAAAGGUCCCUGUAGCAAAAUGUCCCCAUUGUCCUUUAUAUUGUUCCUCAAAAAAUAAUUUAAAGCGACAUGUUGAUAGAGUUCACUUGAACAUAAAGAAAUACUUGUGCAAUGAAUGUGGAAAAAGGUUUAAAGGACGUGAUGCCUAUUUAUAUCAUGCUAAAAGACAUGUGGAUCCUUUUGGUAGAGACUUCGAAUGUCAUAUUUGUUCCAAGAAAAUUGCAACAGAAAAAGGUUUGGAGAUACAUCUACGUGUGCACACUGGUGCGAAACCUUUUGUUUGUGAAACCUGCGGUAAAGGCUUCGCUCAGAAGGGUAACAUGCUAUCCCAUCAGGCCAUUCACUUUGAUGAUAGACCUUUUGAAUGUGAAGAAUGUCAUAAAACAUUUAAGAAGAAAUUUGAUUUGUAUAAACACAAGAAGAGACAUAAGGUCAAACACACUGUGGCCACGGGUGAUGUGACUUUCUUAGAAGGAGCAGGGAAGAUAUAUAACUGUCCAUUAGAUGAUUGUGAUGGUAUCUUCUGCAGCACUACAGAUCUUAGAUUGCAUAUGAGAAGACAUAACAAUGAAAAGCCAUAUGAAUGUUCAAUUUGUUUCAAGAGUUUUGCAGUAAAAAGUCGUUUGGUUCGUCACUUAAGAAAUGUUCAUUCUUUGACUCUACCCGAUUCAAAUCUGGAAUCCAUGAAAGAUCCAGAUUUCUUGAAAAAAAUUGAAAAUGCCCGUGAAAUUUAUGAAGACAGGAAAAGACGAUUCCAAACAGUUAUGAUACCUCAGCCUAGUGGAGAACAGAUUGAGGUUCAGAUCAUGACCGAAGAUACAGAGGGGGUAGAAGAUCUUCUUGCAUUAUCUAAUGCCACAACCUUUCAUAAAGAGGUUGUAAAAGAGGAAACAGGAGAGGAAGAAGAGCAGAACGAAGAGAUACACUUCAAGAUAGAAACCUCAGAAGACAAUGAAGGAGGUGUACAGAUAAUAAAUGUUCGGGAGGAUAGUUCUGGAGAAGUGCAGAUUCAUACUGAGGAUGAAAAUAUAGUAUUGGAUCCUGCCAUUAUACAAACUCUACUUAACAGUGGACAACAAACUAUUUACUAUUAUGUUGACCAGUGAAUGGAACCAUUUCUCAAUGUUAAGCAUGUUAAGUCAGGUUAAGUUAGUAGAUGGAGUCAUUUCUCAAUGUCAAUUCAAGUUUAGUAGGCAACAAACUAUUUACUGUUAUGUUGAUCAGUGAAUGGAGUCAUUUUUCAAUGUUAAGCAUGUUAAGUCAGGUUAAGUAGAUGAAGUCUCAAUGUCAUGUCAGGUUUUGUAGAUGGAGUCAUUUCUCAAUGUCUAAGUCAGAUUUAGUAGACAAAAAACUAUUAACUAUUAUGUUGAUCAGUGAAUGGAGUCAUUUCAUUUCUCAAUGUCAAUUCAGGUAUAGUAGACAAAAAACUAUUUACUAGUAUGUUAAUCAGUGUAUGUACAUAUUUCAAUGAAUGGGGUACUGCUCAAUGUCAAAUCUGAUUUACAUUAUUUGUUUUCAUCAUUGUUAUUUGGUGUAAAUAUGGAAUAAAUCAGAGAUUUGAUUUUUAUCAAUGUUAAAGGUGCUGAACAGUCGAAUUUAAGAUUUCUUAGGUUCUUUAAAAUAUUUAUUAUAAAUCCCUAAUUACAUACAAUAUUUUCUGUUUAACUAUCAUUUAUAGUGAUGUCCUAUAUUUUUUUUAACAGAGUUAUUUUUAUUUGAAGUAUUGUGGAAUACUUAUCAUUUUUUUCUCUUUACACUAAAAUAUAAAAAUAUUUCUAUAAAAUUUUAUAAAUCUGCCAAAAGCAAAUGUAUUGUAUGAAUUAAAGGGGAACAAUGGCAUGAUUUAGAUGCAGUCAGCAGAUUAAAAGAUUUUUUUUCUUCAAAAAUUUAUUAAACCUGUUAAUUAAAAAAAUUGUAAAUUUAAAAGUAAUACACAUGUACAAUAAUUUGUCAGAUCAGCUUAUUAUAGUAUUAGUGUUGCAUAUGCAUGAUGUGUGGUUAUAGAUUUAUAAAGGCUGUUCUUUGGCUUAUUAUGUUUCUGUUUUGUGUUAUUUCAACAUUUAAUCCCAAUGACCAACCAUUGAGGUCCACAUCACAGGAACAUAAAUUAAUGUUAAUUCUCCUACCGGUAAUAUUCAACGUUGAACAAUCAAUUAUGUUUAAAAUUAGAAUUUCAUAUAUUUGACCAACCUUUUUGUUUAAUAUUGUAAGUUUAGGAUUCAAUUUACCGGUUUGAUAAUUUAGAAAUUUUUACAGUAAACAUAAUGCAUGGAUAAUUAUCACAAUUUAUUAAAAUGCUGUUAAAGAAUGGUUUUAGUUAAAAAAUAAAAGAGUUAAUUUUACUUAUUGUGAUGUUUCUUUUCAUUAUUUUACAAAAAUAAACACUGAUUUGUUUUCUCAUAUACAGUAUUUUAGCCUUAAUUCAAACAAUUGGGUCAUCAUGACCUAUAUUAAAACUUUUAUUUACCCUAAUUCAAUUUUGCAUUUGGGAUAAAUGAGGUGAGUUCAUUUGAUAUUGUCAAGUUUUUUGUCAUGUGGUCAAUUGUAUGUGUGACUGUUAUAUAUAGAUGAAUAUACGUGUGUCAAACAAAGUUAAGGUAUCAUGUAUAAAUAAUGUGUAAACUAAUUUUUUUUACGAUACAUAUUGCUGACAUUGAUAUAUAUGUUGUUAGUCUUUUAUUGGGAUAAAGAUUGCAAUCAUACAAAGAAAACCUUUAUGUGGCUGUUUUAAAAAAAAUCAAUAAUGUCAUUGUUAGUUAUAGUUAAAAAUUGAGUUAUCUUCCUUUGUCCAUUAUAAUAAAUGAACCAA